GUCGACAGAAGAAUCGAGUUCAUUGACAUUGGCGGUUCAGCAAAUUGCAAGCUGUGGUGGGCGUGUGAAUAUGGAACGAAGAGGCGAUUUAACGGCAGAGCCCGCUUGGGCAAAACUCAACGAAUGUUUCAGUAAAUAUGGGGACACAUUAGAUAUCAAAAAAAUGAUGAAUGAAAAUCCAAAUCGCUUCGAAGAAUUCAGCCUAAAGAUCCAGACGCCAGACCAUGGGGCUAUAUUAAUCGACUAUUCGAAAAAUCGCAUCAAUUCCGAGAUAAUGGGAACGCUCUUGGAACUGGCUAAAGCAAGACAAGUUGAGAAAGCACGUGAUCUCAUGUUUUCGGGUGCUAAAAUAAAUUUUACUGAAGACAGAGCUGUUUUGCAUGUGGCACUGCGAAACCGUAGCAAUACUCCAAUUCUUGUUGAUGGAAAAGAUGUAAUGCCAGAAGUGAACAGCGUUUUGGAGCACAUGAAGACAUUUACAAAACAGGUGAUCACUGGUGAAUGGAAGGGAUAUACAGGAAAACCUAUUAAAGAUGUCAUUAACAUAGGAAUUGGAGGUUCAGACUUGGGACCACUAAUGGUCACAGAAGCUCUGAAACAUUAUGCAAUUGGUCCUCAAGUACACUUUGUUUCUAACAUUGAUGGUACACAUUUAGCAGAAACUUUGAAAAAAGUGAAUCCAGAGACAACAUUGUUUAUUAUUGCAUCAAAAACAUUUACUACUCAGGAAACAAUAACAAACGCAACAUCAGCUCGAGAAUGGUUCCUGGCAAAAGCAAAAGACAAAAGUGCUGUUGCAAAGCAUUUUGUAGCUUUAUCAACGAACACGGCAAAGGUGGUGGAGUUUGGAAUUGACCAAAACAAUAUGUUUGGUUUUUGGGAUUGGGUUGGUGGAAGGUACUCCCUAUGGUCUGCUAUUGGACUGUCGAUUGCUCUGUCGAUUGGAUUUGACAAUUUUGAACAGUUGCUGAAGGGAGCUCACUUCAUGGACAACCAUUUUUGCAACACUCCACUUGAGAAAAAUGCACCUGUAAUUCUUGCUCUUCUUGGGGUUUGGUACAUAAAUUUUUACAAGGCAGAAACUCAUGUACUCUUGCCAUAUGACCAGUAUCUGCAUAGAUUUGCCGCAUACUUCCAGCAGGGUGAUAUGGAAUCAAAUGGAAAGUACAUAACAAGCACAGGAACAAAAGUCAACUAUAGUACUGGUCCUAUUGUUUGGGGAGAACCUGGAACCAAUGGACAGCAUGCUUUUUACCAGCUCAUUCACCAAGGCACAAAACUGAUACCUGCAGACUUCAUUGCACCGGCGUUAACUCAUAAUCCUAUUCGUGACCGAUUGCAUCACAAGAUACUCCUGGCAAAUUUUCUUGCACAAACUGAAGCACUGAUGAAGGGAAAGACACACCAGCAAGUUGUUUCAGAGCUAGAAAAAAGUGGAGUGGCACCAGACACUAUUGAUAAGCUGGCACCACAUAAAGUGUUUGAAGGAAAUCGUCCCACUAACUCCAUAGUGGUAAAAAUGGUUACACCUUUCACACUUGGAGCUCUCAUAGCUUUGUACGAACAUAAAAUAUUUGUCCAAGGAGUUAUAUGGGAUAUAAAUUCUUUUGAUCAGUGGGGAGUCGAGUUGGGAAAGCAGCUAGCAAAAGCAAUUGAACCAGAACUGCAGCACUCUUGUGCUGUCAGUACACAUGAUGUCUCCACUAAUGGUCUGAUUAACUUCAUUAAGUCAUGUUGGUGAAGGAAUUACCAUUCCAUCUGCUUUUAUGUACUGUGAAAUAAUGAUGUAUUUAAAUGUCAGCUGUGCCAUAUUUUAAGUUACUGUUUGUUGACUACCACAAAAUUGUAUCCCCCCCCCCCCACCCCCCCCCCCCCCCACCCCCUCUUCCUCUUGUGAAAGUUGAAAAAGGCAGAAGCUGUGUGAGCUUUUUUGCUUCCUUAUACCUACUGCACAUAAUUCUGUGACUGAUUUAAGAGAUCAUGUUCAUUUAUUAAUGAUUAAACUCUUAUUGUAUAAUUUUUUGUAAAAAAAGUAAAAAGACAUUGUGUAAUAAUACAAUAUAAAAUAUUUCACUGCCUCAGCAAACAAUAUAAAUGUAAAAAAUUAAUGUAAUUAGUUACAAAUAGUGUAGGUAUUUAAGGUUACACUUCAAAUAUUGGCGGUCUCUAAAUUGGUAAACUGAUGUCAGAUCUAAUCAGGGAGUGUUUGUGAGCUUGUGUGUGCCAGCACAAUUUGUUUUAUCAAACAGUAACAGCAUCAAUGGUAUGUUCAGCCACAACACAAGACACUAUCCAAAUGUAUUGUGUGGCUAUAAAUGUGCAAUAAACAAACUUAGUAUACUGAUA